GCCCGAUAAUGGCGGCCUGCAGAGCCCGUGAGAGGGAGAAGCGGCGGCGGCUACCCUGAGAGUAGCUGGACCCAGUUUUUCAGGGUCAAGAGUCAGUAGCUUCUUGUACCCCCCAAACUGUACGCUAUGAAGAUUGCACGAUCUCUUGCGCAUCGUGGCCAGCUGCAAAUGAGAUUUGUUCCCGAAGCUCAUGAGAAUCUCAGCAUUUUUUGGAGAAUGAGGUGGCAUGCUUUCGACUUUCUUGAUACAACUCACGAGCAUUUCUGGAAACUUUGACCUUGAAGAUGGUGAGUAGCCAGCCAAAGUACGAUCUAAUACGGGAGGUAGGCCGAGGCAGUUACGGUGUUGUGUAUGAAGCAGUCAUCAGAAAGACCUCUGCACGGGUGGCAGUGAAGAAGAUUCGAUGCCAUGCACCUGAAAAUGUUGAAUUAGCCCUGCGUGAGUUCUGGGCCCUAAGCAGUAUCAAGAGCCAACAUCCAAAUGUGAUUCACUUGGAGGAAUGCAUCUUACAAAAAGAUGGGAUGGUGCAAAAAAUGUCCCAUGGCUCUAAUUCUUCCCUUUAUUUACAGCUUGUAGAGACUUCAUUAAAAGGAGAAAUUGCCUUUGAUCCCAGAAGCGCCUAUUACUUGUGGUUUGUGAUGGAUUUUUGCGACGGCGGAGAUAUGAAUGAGUAUCUGUUGUCCAGGAAACCCAAUCGUAAAACUAACACCAGCUUUAUGCUUCAGCUGAGCAGUGCUCUGGCUUUCUUGCAUAAAAACCAGAUCAUCCACCGAGAUCUUAAGCCUGAUAACAUCCUGAUUUCUCAAAGCAGGUUGGAUACCAGUGACUUGGAACCCACACUGAAAGUGGCCGAUUUUGGUCUCAGUAAAGUUUGUUCAGCCUCUGGGCAGAACCCAGAAGAACCUGUCAGUGUAAACAAGUGUUUCCUUUCCACAGCGUGUGGAACAGAUUUCUACAUGGCACCUGAAGUGUGGGAGGGACAUUACACAGCAAAAGCUGACAUCUUUGCUCUGGGGAUUAUCAUCUGGGCAAUGCUGGAAAGGAUCACAUUCAUAGACACAGAGACAAAGAAGGAACUCUUAGGGAGUUAUGUAAAACAAGGAACUGAGAUUGUGCCCGUUGGAGAGGCGCUUCUGGAAAAUCCCAAAAUGGAACUUCUCAUUCCUGUGAAGAAAAAGUCUAUGAAUGGGCGAAUGAAACAACUGAUUAAGGAAAUGCUGGCUGCAAACCCUCAGGAUCGCCCAGAUGCUUUUGAACUAGAACUCAGAUUAGUACAAAUUGCAUUUAAAGAUAGCAGCUGGGAAACGUGACACAUACAUUGUUUGCAAAUAUCUCGGAUGGUAUGCUGCUUAUGUUUUCACAGUGAUGCAACAACAUAAUGUGGCUGAAAAAGAAUAUAAAAAGCUAAACUCCACCUUCUAAGGGUUUAGAUUUUAUUGUGGGGUGUUUUUUUUUCAUUUUUCUUAAGUCCAAGCUGGCCAUUUUGUUAGUAUGUUUUAAGUGUGUAUUACCAAUGUGGGUGUACAUUUUUUAAAAUGAUCAUUGGAAGUUUGGCAGGAAAAUUAUCUAAGAGCCAAGAGGAGAAGAAAGUCCAGUUUUCUGGAAAUAAGUCUCUAAGUAUUUUAGACAUUCCUUGUCAGUAUUAGGAAUUUCCAUGGAAGAAGAGGUUUGCAUGCUGGUAAUGCAACCUUUGAAGCUUUGUAAAGGAAACAUAUAUGUAUAUAUUUAUGUAUAUGUAAGUAUGUGAAUGUGUGCAUUUUGCAUUCCAUAUGACGAAAAUGCCACUUCUGUUUAAAUUAUUUGAUGUAGGUUUGGGUUUUUGAGAUUUGCUGGUGAAAUCAGUGAUGAAAAAUAAAAGAACCUUCCCUCAUCUUCCUACCCUGUCCUUCCCUCUAAUGAAAUCAUACCACAUUUUUUAUUUUUGUAAUAUUAUACAGCUUUUUUUUAAGGCAUCAUUUUGGAGGGUCUAAAAUAAUCUAAACGUAAAAUUAAGUGAUCCAAAGCUGCUGAAGUAUGUUUGAGCUCUCCAGUGCCCUAUAGCUGCAGGAGUUGAAUUAGCCAUGCAAUCAUGUGGUAGCAGGUUGGCAAGGACCUUGAUUCAAUCACCUUCUUUAAGUAACCAAGCAUUCAAUUAACCAAUUAAACCACUGCACUGGAACAUGUCUGCACUUGAGCAUCUGCAAUCUGAUAUAAAUCUGAACACAGGAUUCCUCUGUUUCUGAAAACUUUGCUAUAUAUGAACUGCCCUACUUGAUAUAUUAAUUUUUGAUUUCAAGACUUUGUCUAAGCCUCAGCAUAAAGUUGAAGAGAUCAAAAGAAAUCUACCCUCACAUCGCCUGCCCUGAUAUGGUCUCUUGUGUAAUCACUGGAAUUCCUUUCAUUUUAGCACUAAUGCUAUUUUCUCUUGUCUAAUUUGACACAGUAAUGAUAGUGAUAUGGUUGUGUUAAAUGUUGAUCACCUUUUUCUAAAGUGGGAGAUGAUACCUAUACAGUGUGACAAAUGGAUAAAAUGUUGUGGCAUCAAUUAUAUCUUUCAAGUAGAAACAUUAUUGAUUUUAUACAAUCACACUUGGUAUGGUCUAUGUAAAAAACCAAUAGACUGUUACUCUUGAAGUUAGUUUGAUUUUUAACCCUGUAUGGUUGUCUCCAGUUUGUUUUCCUAUAUACAUGCAGAUAAUUAAAAUCUAAGGAAAGUUUUCCUAAAACAGAAUAUUAGCCUUUAAGGUUAGAUAGACUUUAAGACCAUUGUAUCUAGGUUAGUCUUUAUAAAGCACUAGAAUCUUUGGUCAAAGUAAAAAAAAAAAAAAGUAUUAGAAUACUGAAAUUGUUAAUAGUUUGCAUAGUCUCCUCGCUUUUUUUUUUUCUUGAGUUUUUUUUUUAAUUGAAGCAUAGUUGGCACCCAAUGUGUCUCCUCAGUUUUUUUGAACUUCUACAACUUUUGGAAUUUUGCUAACAUAAUUUUUUCCUUAAAGUGUAUUUGGGGACUAGAGAAGGUGAAAAAGCACAAAAAAUUAGAGUAUGUAAAAUUUCUGAACUAUGUGUUACUUGAUCUGGAAGUUUGAAAUUUGGACUGAAAGGCUUUAUUGAACUAAAGCCUUUUAUUAUUUUUUUUAAUAAACCUUUUAAAAUAAAAAAAUCAUAUACUUUUAACAUCACUUUCAAGCCAAUACAUACAAGAAGCUUUUUGGAAAUUAGA